GAAGUUAACCUUUGAUCAAAUUUGAUUUGUGUCAGUGAUUUUUUUAAAUGAUUUGAUUGCAUCGCUGGCUGUUGAUGUUAAAUAUUUAUUUUCCUAUCUUGGGGAGGUUCUUAUUGAAUACUGGAUUAUCAGUCAUCAUCAUGAAGAGAUUUACUACUGCACAACGUGUGCAAAUUAUAAGUAAUUUUUAUGAGAGCCACAAAUGUAUGAUUCAUACCCUGAAUGCAUUGAAAAACUGUGGCAUCGUUAAAAUAGAAAAAACAGAAAUUCAAGAACUGGUAAAAAGAUUCGAAUCAACUGGCAGUGUUCAUGACGAUGCUUUGGAAGCUAAAAGAAAACGUGAAGGUAGUGAAGAUAGUCUUGAUGAUUUCUUCCCAGAUGAAUCAGAACAUCCAUCGAAUCUUUCUAAAAUUAGCAAACUUUCUAGUUCGUUUACGGAAGAGGGAGAUUAUGUGGUAGUGUAUACAGAUGGGGCAUGUGAGAAUAAUGGAAAAGCAAGUGCGAAAGCGGGAAUAGGAGUUUGGUUUGGGGAUGACCAUCCAUUAAAUAUAUCCCGACCUGUUCAAGGGAAAGCUACAAACAAUACUGCAGAAAUUCAAGCUUGUGUGGCUGCUUUAGAACUUCUUUAUAGGGAAGGAGUACGUAAAGUUCGAUUGAAAACAGAUUCCCAAUUCACCAUCAAUUGUAUUACACAGUGGAUAAAAAAAUGGAAAAAGAAUAACUGGAAGCUUACUACUGGUGGAGAUGUGAAAAACAAAGAAGAUUUAAUGAAGUUGGAUAACAUUAGAAACAAAAUGACUCAUGUUGACUGGGUACACAUCCGAGGUCACUCAGGUGAAAAAGGGAAUGAAGAGGCAGACAAACUUGCAAGACAGGGGGCUCUCUUAUACAAAAAUAAGUUUGACCUUAAUUUCGGCAGAUCCUGAAUAUAUUUUUAUGUUAUUCUUGGAGAUCAUUCCUUGUUAUGUGUUCAUGGAAUCGUAUUCAAUUAAAGUUCAUCAAAUAGGUAA